UGAGGAGUUGCUCGUCGCCGAGACAGAGGGAGAGCGAGAGAGCGAUAGUUCUUCCGUUGGAUAGGGUGUACUUCGUGGGUCCAAGUGGAGGGAGUUACCUCCACAGCUUGUGUGACACAUUUCUCUCUACGAGAGCGAUAGCACGAGCGCUCCCGGCGUGACUACACAUACUGCCGCGGCACAACUGGCCCAUCAAAACUGGUUGCUGUCGGGGAGACAGAGCGUUCUUGCGAGAUGAACAGCACUGGGCCUUGGAGGGGCGCUGGUCCUGCUUCAGCCGCGGCGGGGAACGAUGCGUUGAUCGACAGCGGGAUCGCAAUGCUCGAGAGAGCGACAUCGAUGGACAAGCAAGGGCAGCUUGAAGAGGCCUUUACGCUCUACGAGAGAGGGAUAGACCUCCUGCUGCAGGGAGCCCGGCAGGAGCCUGGGGACCAGCGGCGACAGACGCUGAUCAAUGAGGCCAGGGUGCACAUGUCGAGAGCCGAACACAUCAAGCUGGCGCUGGGUCCACCCCAGUCGCCUUCUCCCACUCGUCCCGCCUCCGCGGGAUGGAGAGACAGCGGCAGGGGGAAGGCGGCAUUGUUGAGACCAAAGCCUACGGCAGCAGAUGUCAGGGGCAGCCUUCGGGGCGGCAGUAUUGAUGCCGGUUCGCCUGACGGGGAGAACCACGCUUCGCGGUCGUCAGGCGGCGGAAAAUCUUCCGCGUACACGAGAGGCGGAGCAAGAAGAGGCGUCGGUAGAAUAGGUGCCGCUUCGGGCCGCGGCACACCUUCCACGUUCACGAGAGGCGGAGCAGGAAGGGGCCGCAGUGGAAUAGGUGCCGGUUCGGCAGCGGCGGGGACAGGGGGCGGUGGCGCUCGGGGGGGAGGUCGGCGAGAAAAAUCGGAUAAGUCCGAGCUAGAGAACAAGAUUCUGGAGGAUAUGCUUGACAGCUCGCCAGGGGUAACGUGGGACUCCAUCGCGGGCCUGGAGUACGCGAAGCAGACGUUGCAGGAGACCGUUAUUCUGCCAAACCUCCGACCAGACCUCUUCACCGGACUCAGAGCACCCGCUAGGGGUGUGUUGCUCUAUGGGCCCCCGGGCACGGGGAAGACGAUGCUGGCGAAGGCGGUGGCGACCGAGAGCGGCUACACCUUCUUCAACAUCUCGGCCUCGUCGCUGACCUCCAAGUACGUCGGCGAGGGGGAGAAGAUGGUCCGGGCUCUCUUCGCCGUGGCCAGGGAAAGGGUGCCGGCCGUUAUUUUCAUCGACGAGAUCGAUUCCGUGCUGUCGGCUAGAGGUGAGGGGGAGCACGAGGCCAGCCGGCGAUUGAAGACGGAGUUCCUGGUGCAGUUGGACGGCGCCGGACAGGGGGGGGAUGACCGUCUCCUGGUGCUCGCAGCCACGAACCUCCCCCAGGAAUUAGACGAGGCGGCCCUCCGCAGGCUGUCGCGGCGUGUUUAUGUUCCCUUGCCAGACCCUCCGGCGAGAAAAGCUCUCAUAUCUGGCCUCCUAGGCCAGCAAAAGGGAAAUAUCAAGGGGGCUGCCCUCGCGUCACUGGUGGACAUGACCGAGGGUUACUCCGGAAGCGAUCUCAAGCAGCUGUGCAAAGAGGCCGCCAUGCAGCCAAUAAGAGAUUUAGGAACGAGGGUGCGCACGGUCGCCGCGAAGGACGUGCGCGGGAUCAACUUGGAUGACUUUCGAGCCGCGCUUCCGAAAGUUCUUCCGUCGGUGUCACGGAAAACCGUGGAACGAUAUGAGGAGUGGAAUCGCUCGCUCUCUGGAUGAAGUAAACGGCUGGCCAAGGUUCUCGGAUGGUUGCAUCAAUGUGCGGCCGUGACGUGCGGGUCUGAAGCGGUCGAAUAUCCGAUGUGCAGAUCUCCAAUGUGCAGAUCUCCGAUGGAUAGAUCUCCAUGCGCAGAUCUCCGAUGUGCAGAAGAACACGACGACGACGACAACGACGACGUCGAAGAGCCCCGGGCGGGGAGACUAGAAUGCUGAGUUGUACCGACCGCAUGAGGUGCUAUUUUACCGCUGCGUCAUGGUACAAGUGCACACUGUACAUGCCUGCGGUUGGUGCGUACCUCAUUAGGGCUCGUAUAUGCAUGCCUAUGGUUGGUGCCGCCUGUUAGUCGAUGCAGACAUGCGUCGGGUACCACGACUUUUAUGGUGGCACUUCUUUUGGAGGAUGUAGAGCAGUCGGCGGGUUUGGUCGGCCGGUGCUACUCCGUUUGAAUGGAGGCCCUGGCGUAAAUGCACGCUGACGAUUACUGUUUAAAAUGUGGUGUGUCCGUGCUGUAAGUAAAGGCCAUCGAGCCUCUCUUUGGUACACACACGCUGCGCUCGGGGGGAAAUGAUGUUUUUAUUAUAAUUUCGCGGCGGAAUAGAUGUGAAUUGUGAAUUGACGUUGCGCGCGAGUUUCCGAGCAGAUCGCACGAUCUUGUGGAAGAACAGACAGAACUACGCCGGGAUGGGGUCAUGAGACUAAAUCCUUCUGCUUUUGAAGGUAGUUGCACAUUGGAACAGCUGCGAAGAGGCAUGUCCGCCCGCUGCUCUGUCGAC